UGACCUCAAAAUUCAUUGCUUAAUCGCGCCAAACCUGUUCAUAAUUUGUUUGUUCCUUUAUUUCCCCCCUCCGUGACAAACCUUCACUUCUAAGGGCGUACUGAUCUUCUUUUUUCUUCAAAAUUUUUUAUUAAUUGCAUAAACCCGCUCUUAGCCAUUGGCCUUCCUCCUUUUAUUGAUCGCCUCGGCAGAUAUUGUUUGAAUUUUGGACUCAUCGAUGUCCAAUAUGACAAGAACCAUUCAACCUGUUAGACGAGGUCAAUUAAUGAUUUUGUCCCGGACAUACAGCUCCAUUAUACGUUCCUUCACUAAGUUGUGUUGAAUUAUAGUUCAAUCAGGGAUUGACAAUCGAACCCCUGAGCUUGGUAGCACAUCAACAACCCUUCCACCUUAAAGCUCCAUCUGUUAGAUGGAGGGCCACAAAUAUCUAAGGCGUAUUUACAGAACUCAUACAACAAAUGCAAGUGAAAGGAGUACAGGUUGAAGAGCUGUAUUCGUUGGAUCUUGAUUCUCUCAACAGUCUUUGGCCUGUAUAUGGGUUGAUUUUUCUUUUCAAAUGGCGUCCAGGGGAGAAGGAUGAACGUGUUGUAAUUAAAGAUCCGAACCCUAACUUGUUUUUUGCUAGCCAGGUAAUCAACAAUGCUUGUGCGACCCAAGCAAUAUUGUCUAUUCUCAUGAAUUCACCAUGCAUUGAAAUUGGGCCAGAGUUGACAAAAUUGAAAGAAUUUGCCAGAAACUUUCCUCCAGAACUCAAAGGUUUGGCAAUCAAUAAUAGUGAAGCUAUACGGACAGCCCAUAAUAGCUUUGCAAGGCCAGAACCUUUUGUACCUGAAGAGCAGAAGAUUGCUGGCAAAGAUGAUGACGUUUACCAUUUUAUAAGCUAUCUACCUGUUGAUGGGAUAUUGUAUGAACUAGAUGGAUUAAAGGAGGGUCCUAUUAGCCUUGGUCAAUGCUCUAGUGGGCAAGGAGAUGUGGAUUGGCUGAAGAUGGUGCAACCUGUGAUCCAGGAACGUAUUGAUAGAUAUGCCCAAAGUGAGAUAAGAUUCAAUCUCAUGGCAAUCAUCAAGAACAGGAAAGAAAUUUAUACAGCUGAGCUCAAGGAGCUCCAGAAGAGAAGGGAGCGUGUCUUGCAGCAGCUGGCUUUAUCAAAGUCAGAGAGACUGGUGGAUAAUAGCCAUAUUGAGGCGCUGAACAGCACUCUCUCUGAAGUGAAUGCUGGUAUCGAAGCUGCUACUGAAAAGAUCUUGAUGGAGGAAGAAAAAUUCAAAAAAUGGAGAACAGAAAAUAUCCGUAGGAAACACAAUUACAUACCCUUUCUUUUUAACUUUCUGAAAAUCCUUGCUGAGAAAAAACAGUUGAAGCCCCUCAUUGAGAAGGCCAGGCAGAAAAGAAGCAGCCCUUAGCGAAGAACGAUUGGGAGCUGCUCUUUUUGGGACGACUGUAUGUGCCAUCUUGCAGUUGGUUAUCACUGUAUUAGCUGCCUUCUCAGUAAUGCAAUUUAAACGAGCACCACCGAUUCUUUCCUGCCUUGCUAUUGUUUGACAAUCUCGAGGACUUAAUUUGUAAUUUUUGUCAUUGACAUCGGAUAUUGCCAUCUUUUCGCACCUGAUCUUUAUCAAUGAUCUGUUCAUGCUGCCUUCUAACAUUUGGUCA